UUGAUUUAUUCCUCUUCUUUUUUUUGUUGGUUUCUCUGUUCUCUUUUUUAUUCUCCGAUUAACGGAGGUUGAUCGGCGUAAUGGCCGGAGUAAUCAUCUCACCCGCCUCUCUGCUCGAUCUUAUCGCCGAGAUUGUUGAGAUGCCAGUAAACUCCGGCGUGUUUAAGAAGGAUUGCGCGGAUCUCACUCGGCGAGUCUGUCUCUUGACGCAUUUGGUAGAGGAGAUUAGAGACUCUAAGCCGAUCGAUUCCGCCGCUUCUUCUUCGUUGGUCUCGUCGGAGAAUGAUUGGUGGUCUGAUCUCGUGGCGGGGGUUCAAGCCGCGAAGCGUCUUCUGUCCUCAGUCACCCGAUUCCAAGCUCGCGACUCCUCCGAUGGUGCUGCGAUGCCGAAGAGAACCUCUUUCCAGUUCCAAUCCGUUGCAUGGAGGCUGGAGAAAGCAUUGAGCAAUCUUCCAUACGAUCUAUAUGAAAUCUCUGACGAAGUUAUAGAACUGGUGGAGUUGGCGAGAUCGCAGUUUGGAAGAGCAAUGCAGAGAUAUGGGUCAUUGAAUUCGGAUAAUUUCUCGUGUGCUUUAUCUGAGCCAAUGGAGUGGGACGCUUUUAGCAAUAUAAAGAUCAAAACUGAGGAAGAAAAGCUUGAGAGUGUUUCAGAAACAGUUCAUUUUGCUGAGGAGAAGAAACAGCUGCGGAAAAGCUCUUCCAUUUCUUUGGCUUUCUACUUAUCGAAGGAUGCGGAUACCGAUAGAUUAGACAAAAUGGUCACCAAGAACACUGACGAAUCGAAGAAAUCUGACAAACUCACGAUUCCAGUCGAUUUUCUUUGUCCGGUAUCUCUGGAACUGAUGAAGGAUCCUGUUAUUGUCGCCACAGGACAGACUUACGAGAGGGCUUACAUACAGAGAUGGAUUGACUGUGGGAAUCUAACAUGUCCAAAGACUCAGCAGAAACUGGAAAACUUUACGCUUACUCCCAAUUAUGUUCUCAGAAGCUUGAUCUCUCGGUGGUGCACUGAACACAACAUUGAGCAACCCGCAGGUUACGUCAACGGCAGGUCAAAAAACCGUGGAGACAUGGCUGUGAUCAGGGCAUUGGUUCAGAGACUCUCAAGCCGGUCCACGGAGCUACGCAGGAACGCGGUUUCUGAACUCCGGUCUUUGUCAAAGAGAAGCACAGACAAUCGCAUUCUGAUUGCACAAGCAGGAGCGAUCCCUGUUUUGGUCAACCUUUUAACCUCAGAGGACGUCGCAACUCAGGAAAACGCAAUCACCUGCGUUCUCAACCUCUCUAUUUAUGACAACAACAAAGAGCUUAUAAUGUUUGCUGGUGCAGUCACAUCCAUUGUUCAAGUCCUAAGAGCCGGAACCAUGGAAGCAAGAGAAAACGCAGCAGCGACACUCUUUAGCCUUUCGUUAGCCGAUGAGAACAAGAUCAUAAUAGGCGGAUCAGGUGCAAUACCUGCCUUAGUGGAUCUGCUCGAGAACGGGACUCCAAGAGGGAAGAAAGACGCAGCCACGGCUCUGUUCAAUCUCUGCAUUUAUCAAGGGAACAAAGGCAGAGCGGUUAGAGCCGGUAUAGUAACUGCAUUGGUUAAGAUGCUAAGUGACUCGAGCAGCCACCGGAUGGUUGAUGAAGCUUUGACAAUACUCUCUGUUCUCGCAAAUAAUCUUGACGCGAAAUCCGCGAUAGUAAAGGCGAAUACUUUACCAGCACUGAUAGGUAUUCUCCUAAAGGAUCAAGCUAGAAACCGAGAGAACGCAGCAGCGAUAUUGCUUUCGCUGUGUAAGCGAGACACUGAGAAACUGGUCUCUAUAGGUAGGCUUGGUGCGGUUGUGCCAUUGAUGGAUCUAUCGAAGAACGGAACAGAGAGAGGCAAAAGGAAAGCGAUUACUUUGUUAGAGCUUCUUCGUAAAGCAUGCCAAUAAUAAUUAGUGGUCUGACAAAAUUAUUAAAAAAAGGUUCGUCAAGCUCUCAUAUUUUUGGAAAAAUUGGCUGGCUAUUUGUUUGAUUAUGUUAAUAUUUUGUUAAAAUUGAUUUGAUUUUUUGCUGGGAUACUAAUUCCAUUUGUGGAACCGGAUUUGGAGAUGGUGAGCCAAAAGGGUUUUCGAGAAUCGAACUCUUUUUUUUGGUUCGCUGUGUAUUUAUUUGUUACAUUUGUAAUAAAAAUGGUAAAGAAUAAGUAUUGAAAUUGAUCCUUUUAUUUCUGG